AUGUUAAACAAAGAAAUAGUUUCAUUGAUAGAAAAAGAAGAUAUUUAUUCAUUAUUUUGUACCGAGACAGCAUCAUAUGGAAAUGUAUUAGAUAAUUUAAAUAACAUAGAAGAUCCAAUGAUACUACAUGAAAAGAUUAAGGAGUAUUUUAUAAACAUAAUGCAACAAACUAGAGAAACAUCUGCUUAUCAUGUAGAGAGUAAAAGAAUACUUUUAAGUGUAGAUAAUUUCUUGUAUUCAAGUGGUAUAAUAUCUCAACUACCUGAGUAUUCUGAUAUUAUAAAAAAAGAAGUUAAUUAUGUUCCACCUGAAAUAAAUCCAUCCAAUCCUGAUGGUCUUACAGGAGAAAAGCUAGAUGAGGAUUAUUUGAAAUUCAAUGACAAUCAAAACAAUUUUAUUGGACUUAAUGAGUUUAGUUUUAUGAAUCAAAGACCAAAUGCAAUUGAUGAGAAUAUUACUUUUAAUGAGGGUCAUUUAAAUAUGAACGAAGGUAUCAUUAAUUACAAUGAAACAUUACCAUGUCAUAAAGGACCUUUUGUUGACAUGAUUUUAGAUAGUAAUUCAUCUGUGUUUAAAUCUGAUUCAACUCCAUUAAUAGAUAUUUAUUUAGAAAGUUUAAAAAGAUUUUCUAUUGAUAUCAAAAUAGAAUCAUUACACAGACAUAUUAAAUAUUUAGAAACUAGUGAAGAACCACCAAAAGAAUAA